AGUCUGGUGUGGAGAAUACAACCAGGAUGUACAUUCAUCCCGCCUCCGAAAAUUUUCCCGUGAAAAUCACGUAGCGGUCGCUGAAAAUGUCUGUGAUACCCAAUUUUCCCUCGAUUAGCUGAAGAAAAUUCACUACCAUUCAACACUCCAAGCAGUAAACUGAUUCUGACAUGCCUGUGGAUGAACGAUUGGCGAGAAGCGUAGCUUUAGAACAAGCUUAUGUACACGACGUCUACGAGGAGUUCUAUGACAACCCCAGAAGCAAACCCUGGGUCAAGGUCGAAGAGUUUCUCAACGAAUUGGAACCGGGUUCCAUCAUCUGUGAUGUUGGAUGUGGUAAUGGAAAAUACCUCAACGUGAACACAUCAAUUUUCAAUAUAGGAGGAGAAAAAUCGAACAGACUGAGCGAAGUAGCAAGAGAAAAAGAAAAUGAAGUGAUCGUUCUGGACAAUCUGGCUCUCCCCUUCCGGGAUGAGAGUCUCGACGCUGUGUUAUCUAUAGCAGUAGUUCACCACCUUGCCACCACCGAAAGACGUAUAUGCGCUUUGAAGGAGCUCGCCAGAGUAUUGAGGAUCGGAGGUCGCAUCAUAAUCUCUGUUUGGGCUAUGGAACAAAGUCACAGGAGGUUUGAGUCGCAAGAUGUUUUAGUCCCUUGGCGUCGGCCGAGACAUAUUAGCACCCCAUCCCUAGAGCUAACGUCUACAACAACCAAUUCAGAGGAUGACGGGCAGCCGGCCUACCACGCGUACACUCAAACCUCCGACAGUGACUCAACCAGGUCGAUGAAAUCGAAAGGGUCGACUUUCCGCAAGAAAGGCAAAACCCGCACCAAGGGCCGGUCCAUCGACCCGGGCCGAAGCUCUUCACAGAGCAGUUCCAGCCUUUCCAGCCCGAACGAAACCUGCUACAGCUUCGUUCGACGGGCCAUCCAGAAGCUAGCAGGCAGUCGAAGAGUGGGUGCUCAUCGGCCGUGGUUCCUCGAGAGCUGGACGAAUUGCGCUAAAGAGCCACAGCCUAAAAAGUACGACCUAAACGGCUGCGAUUGCUGCGACUGCAUGGAGAACGCGCAAGACAUUCCCAUAGAGCUGAGGAGGAUAGACGACGAGGAGCUGCCUCAGCGAAGACAGACUUUCCCAUCGUCACAGCUUAUAAACGAAAUAGCGCACUUGAAGUCGAGGAGCAUGACCAAUAUGAAGGCAGCCGAAGAAACAACAGCUAGUGAAGCUGAGAACCAGAGCAACCCCACCGUUAAGAACAACGACAUACCACCAGAAGAGCUAUCCCUGCCACCGCCAAAGACAACGCUGAAGCCUAAACCGAAGCUGGUGAAGCAGAAGAAAUCGAUGUGCGAAGAAGAUGCUGACGAAGCUCUGGACCAACCCACGGAUAUGGAGAACUUAGUGCAUCUUCCAGAGUUGAGAACUUCUCUAGGAAGACUACAACGUGGAAGUGUACUCAAACAGAGAUCGCUGAAUGAAGAGCUGAUGUCGACUGAUAGGAUGCAGGAGAAGGAGAAGCUCAGAAGGAAUAUCCAAAAGCAGGCUUCGCUGAAUGAGGAUUUGAUCUAUCAGCGAUCGCAUGCCUUCGACAAUUUCAAGGACUCAUUAUUUUAUGUAUCUACUUCCAAGCGCUUCCAACUCAUCAAAACUGGAUUUACGAACAAGUUCAAGAAUUCGACGACCAAUAUCGAGAAAGUUACUGGAUCUUCACUGAAAAAUGGAUUUGUCAGAAUUUUCCAAAACUGGAAAAGCGCUGAUCUAAUCUCACCAACGAUUCCUGAAGACGAACCGUUAGAGAACUUGAAAUUGCCGUCUGCGCCCUCUGUCGAUGACAAAAAAGAAUCUGAUGGCGAAAGAAGGCCCUCCAAAGAAGAUGGUUCCGAUUCCUCAAAAGACAGCAGCUUGCAGAGCGAUACCAGCGUAGACUCAGAAGAUUCCUUCGCUUCAGUAAUCUUCGUCCCCAAAUCUGACCCCAUGUCCCCCACGAAUUUCUCCCCAGGACCCACAUCUCCUCGUUUGAAAACCAGCUCGGUACCCAACUCCCCUAGAAUCAAACAAUCGUCGUGUCCAACCAGUCCUAGGAUCAAACAAACACCUCUUAUGGUGUAUCCCUUGACGAAGCAGCAAAGUUCUCCCAAGCCAUCAACAGAGUCUUUGAUUGACAAAUCCGAACGGGACCAUAUCAUCGAAGAAACAGUGCCUAAGGAUCCUAGCAAAACCUUAGUCCAGAAGUACUCUGUCCCACAAAUACCCAAGUUCAUCCGUACUAGCUUGAAUACCCCGAGUACCAAUAUCACUCCACCUAGCCCUGAAAAACCACUAGUACCAGCAGCACCAUCAUCCCUGGACGUAGAGACAAGAAAUGAAAGACUGAAGAAGAUUAAAGAACUCCUCAAUCAAAAACCGGAGCUCUCCAGCAAAAAGUCCAAGUUCCCAAUAGUACGCCAAACCUCAGUCACUAACGGCAAAGUGGAAGCUAUCGCCAAGCCCUUACCCAAGCUUCUGACCCUCGAACUCUUUAAUCCCGAAACUGACGAUAAAGAUAGCGACUCAAGCUGUGUAUCCUCACCAGACUCAGUAGAUAGCGUUAUUAGUAUUAACAGAGAAAGAAAAUCCCAGGCAAACCUGCCGUUCAAGUUCCCAGCGACGAACGACAAGCGUCAUGCGAAGAUGAGCUUGCUAGAAGCUGCAGCCGACGUGGCUCACACUCUAGACGAAGCUGUGGACAAAGUUAUCAAGUCCAGCCCGAGGAGGAAGGCGAUGCUGAAGACAGGCGACGUUCUUUCCAUACUACAACGAAGGUACUCGGCUGACACCACUCCCCUCUUGGGAGAGGAGUGCGCAGAGAAUUGGGACGAAGAUUGCACAAAACACUUGACCGACUUCGCGGACAAGCUCAGCGAGAAGCUGCUCCAGGAAAUCGAUCAGUACCAGGUGAAGACGAGGCUGUGCAACUCCAACUACAACUUCGACGAUCCCUACAUCAGUCGGUUGAGCGAGGAGUUGGAUGACCUUUCGAAGCUGAGCGCCGAGAUCCAGAAGCAGAACGAGUACUUGUCGAAGUUGAGUGAUAGUGAUAAGUUGUUGGGGAAGAAACCUGCCAAAUGCAAACCCAGUGAGUGUGAGUGUGUUAGAACUAGGAACGUUAACGAAGUGAACAACGCGAAACCAUCGGUCGUCGAUAGUGAGUGUUCCGGUCACAGGGGAGGUGGUAGUAACCAUAAUGGGGAAGAAUCUGUGAGGAGUACGAGUCGUCCUUGCGGAGGGAGUGCUGAGGGCGAGGUAGGUGUUCUAUCGAAGAUGUCUUCUAGCACCAAGCCGACCAUUAGGUUGGGAACCUCUUCCGACUCCUGUGAUUCUGAAAAAGGCAGCAGCACGAACUCCAUGGUAUCGAGCGUGGCGACCUCCAUCAACUUCGGCCCCUCCAUCGAGUCAAACGACGGGUACUCGGGGGAAUCCCACAAGGACACGAACUCGAUGAGCCGGCACAGCGACGGUGGUAGCACAGCCUCCCUAAACUCCUUUCCCGACUGGAAAGCAGCCAGAAGGCCCGAUUCGAAAGCGGAAAGCACCCUGAGCCUGGACAGCCCCAGGCGCCAGGAGACCAAGGGGCUGAUCAGCGAAACGUCCGAAGACAGCCUGCCCACUGACAACAUGGGGGGCGAAAUCACCUACCACAGGUACUACCAUGUUUUCAGGGAGGGGGAGCUGGACCAACUGAUAGAAAAAUACGUAGAAAAUUUGCAUAUUAUAUCCUCGUACUACGAUCAUGCCAGCUGGUGUAUCAUUGCCGAAAAGGUCCACGUGUGGACCAUCUGACCUGUUAACUAUUGUAAUCUAGUCAAAGCACAAUGUAUAUACAGAAUUUUCUUCAUAGGGAGGCGUUUGUGAAUGCAGGCUUUUUUUUAUAUUCAGUCUGAAUAUCUGUUCUUCAGCAUUUUCUUAUAAUUGCUAAUAAGGGUGGGGCAUAGGAAUGGAGUGUUUUUGGUUUGGGUGGUACUCGGCCAUUAAAAAAUAACAAUAACGAACACGCGUCUAGCGUCCACCGCUGCAUGAUGGCAACUGUGAAAAUGAAAUGCUUCGAGUCGAGGAAUGGAUUUCCUAAUGGUCACGAGUACUAACCAAACCAAAAACACUUGGUUCCUAUGCCCCACCAUGUACUGUUGAAUCGCACUAAGAGGAAUGCCUAAAAUAUGCUCCUGGAGCAGCAAGAUAGACAAGAUAUGGAUAUGUAUGGAGUUCAUUGCAAGUUUUGAAGGCUUAAGCGAGGUAUCUUAUACCAACUCAAUUUUUAUUUUUAACCGUCUGAAUGAUCAAGCUUGUCUAAUUCGUUUCUCAACUAGAGACUUCAUCAGAACCUUAAAUUUUCGUGUUUUUAUCGCCCGCCGAGUGUGAAUUCGAGAUAAUAAUAACCGCCUUAGGGGAGCAAUGAAGCAAAUAAUGAUGUCAUAUAUUAUAAUGAACAUAAAAUAAUUGUGAAAAUGGUUUCUAUGUAUGAACAUAAACAAUAUAUUCUGGCUAUUACCGUGAAACUCUUCGCAAAAACCUGAGAAAGCAUUAUAUUUUUUCGAGACUUUUCGGGCAUACCUAUCUCGUUUAUAUUUGAGUGUAUUGAGGCCUCUGGCUGUUAUUUCUACCAAGCUACAGGAGUUUUUCUAAUUCUAACAUAUUAUAUUCAAAUCCACCACUACCCUUCCACAUGAUAAAAUUGCUGAGAUAUUAGAGAUUUUUUCCAGAGGGUAUUUCUUAUUUACGCCCAACUCAUCAUCAGGGUGUCGCAUUCAAAAACUAAACCAGAACCAGACCCUCUUGAUAUCGUAAACAAUUUCAAUCUAGGUACUGUUCAAUGCUGUAAUAAACUCUUAGAAAAUAAAGAUUAUGCUGAAAUUGAACGAAUAUUUUGACAUUAAUUUAUUAAAUAUCAAUAGAAAUUUCUUUGUAUUUCAAUUCGCCGCCUGCAUUAGUCUACUAGAAGUUUAUACAGUCGUGAUGCUCUAUUAUUUUUUCUUAUAUUCCAAAUGUUAAGCUCAAAAUCUAGUGAAGAUUUUCGUAUAUGUACCUAAUCUAUAGUUAGCUGAUAAUAUUAGUUGUUAUAUUUUUUAUACAAAUGAAAUUAUAUCAAGCAAACCACCAUUACCAAUACAAUCUAUGUUUUAGUUUCAAAAGCUCAUUCAGAACGUUAAUUUCAAUGAAUUCGAUUACUUAUAGAAAUCAAAUUUUUAUUUUGAAAUCAAGAAGAAAUAAUAAAAUCCAUAUGUCUACAUAAAAAAUAUCCACAAGGCUGUUGGAUUUAGUUGAGAGCAGUUUUUUUUUUCAUCAGAUUUUCAUCAAUUAUUUUCAUAUUUUUAUUGUUUCACGCUGUUUGAAAGAUAAAUUGUAUUUGUAGUGGUGUGAUUAAAAGAUCUUGUUGAAGGUGAUUACCUACUUAGAAAAUGACAAAUAUAGCAAAAUGUUGGCAGAAAUUACUUAUCGUUAAUAUAAAUAUUGUUCCAUUCAUUAAAAAACAAUAAUAAAUAGCGCUAUAAUUAGGUUUUUUCUAUCACGUUCUCAUUGGUAUAAAUAUAUGAUUAUCCAUCAUAUCUCAAGAAUGUAUUUAGCAAAUACUAUCAAUAACUAUAUCUAGCCUCAAAUUUGUGCUAUCUUUUGAAAAAAGUUACAAGUUACAGAACUAAUUUUUUUUUUUUUUUUUUUCGAAAAAUGUAUGAAAGUGAGCUACCUACUAUAUAAAAGAAACAUUUGGGAAAAUUCACAAAUAUAUCAUAUAUACCAGUCUGAUAACGGAUUAUUUACUUGAUUAGUGAGUGGAACAAUCGUGUAGAAAUAAGUAUCUUUUCAUAGUUUUACAGCAGCUAUCAUGCUAUUUUCAUCAUAUCUUUAUCGAGAAAAGUUGGUAAAAAUGUUAACAGAUUUCAGAAAUAUGCAUAAUAAUUGAAAACUUUUUGUUGAAUACACUGUCAUUAUUUGUAGAAAUCAGACAAAUAAUUGUACAUACUUUACAAUUUUCAAUUUUAUUCUGAUACUUUCAUUAAUUUCUUCUAUCAACCAACAAAAAUCCCACAAAGAUAUAGGAGAUUGAAUUACAGAUCAGAUGCCACCUAUUAAAGACAAUUCUAUAUAUAUUAUGUUUUCGGAAAAAGUGCCACUUGAAAAUGCAUUUUUGAGUACCUAUAUGAUAGUUAUUGAAUUGGUUGAAACAUAAUUCGAUCAUAUGUUUCACGUUCUAAAUGAUUUUCCCUAUCAAUCAUUAUCUGAACUCCUAUAUUUUCAGUGCGAUUUAUGUAUUAUAUAUUGUAGGUUCGUUUGAUUCAAUUAUCUAUUAACUUCCAUUUUGAGUUUGUCAUUAUAUUGAUUUAACUAUACGAAAAAGUAUUAAACUUUGUGCCUGUCUUUAUAUGAAAUUUUGAUAUUUAUAGGGUUUCAACGAAUACUUGAUGUGACAAUGUAAUUUCACUCCUUAUAAUUACUUACUAUGAAUACUAAAAAUAUAUUUUACCUUGUUGUGUUUAAUAAAAAUAUACUC